GGGAUCCGGUUCUUUCCACGACCAACAUGUUACGCUCUGCCCUCGCCGUCGCUGCCCGCCCCUCUCUUGCGCGGCCCGCCACUACUCUCGCGGCCGAAUUCGCCAAGGUCGCCCAGAGGCCAACGACGAAAUAUGGCGGAAUCUACACCGUCACCCUCAUUCCAGGUGACGGUAUUGGUGCCGAGAUUACCGACUCCGUGAAAGAGAUUUUCAAGCACGUCAACGCGCCCAUUGAAUGGGAGCAGUAUGAUGUUUCCGGAAUGUCUUCGUCGGGAGAGGAGCUAUUCAAGCAGGCUAUGGAUAGUUUGAAGCGGAACCGAGUUGGUCUGAAGGGCAUUCUUUUCACGCCUAUUUCGCAAUCUGGACACAUUUCGUGGAACGUCGCGAUGCGUCAGCAGCUCGACAUCUACGCAUCUGUCGUGCUGUGCAAGUCCCUCCCUGGUAUCCCUACCCGUCACUCGAAUGUUGACUUCGCCAUCAUUCGUGAAAAUACGGAGGGAGAGUACUCUGGACUUGAGCACCAGAGCUUCCCCGGUGUCGUCGAGAGUUUGAAGGUGUCUACCCGCGCCAAAGCUGAGCGCAUUGCCCGAUUCGCCUUCGAUUUUGCCCUCAAGAACAACCGCAAGAAAGUGACUUGUGUUCACAAGGCCAACAUCAUGAAGCUGGGUGAUGGCUUGUUCCUGAACACAUUCCGUCGGGUGGGCGAAGAAUACAAGUCCUCGGGAAUUGAAUUCAACGAUAUGAUCGUUGAUAACACCUCCAUGCAACUUGUCGCGAAGCCGGGGCAGUUCGAUGUGAUGGUGAUGCCUAACCUUUACGGCGCCAUCGUGUCCAACAUUGGUGCGGCUCUGGUCGGUGGUCCUGGUAUCGUCCCUGGCUGCAACAUCGGGACUGAGUACGCUUUGUUCGAGCCCGGAUGCCGUCAUGUAGCCAGCGAUAUCAUGGGUACCGGUCGUGCCAACCCGGUGGCGAUGAUUCUCAGUGCCACGAUGAUGCUGAGACAUCUUGGUCUCGACCCGGUCGCCAACAAGAUUGCGACCGCGACGCUCGAAGUGAUCAACAGCGGUGAUGUCCGCACACCAGACAUGGGUGGACAGGCGACGACCUCUGACUUCACGGCGGCGAUCAUUAAAAAGUUGUGAUUCUGGUUUAGAAGAUACAUAGACGCGUACAUGAUACUACUACAUCUAUCUUCUGUCCGUUAAUCAGUCGACAAUAUCAUCGUAGAGGGACGGAUCUUGGUCUAAUGCAGCUUCGUACUCUUCCAGUGUCAGCCCGCGCGGCCUUUUUUGCACCGGUUCUUCAUCUGCCGACAAAUCUUCCACUGAGACUGGAGAUGCCGGAUGCUUGCGCAGUGCGAGAAUCGUUUCGCAUCGCACUUGCCCUCGGUCGCCCCAGCCUGUCACAUCCGGCCGAAAGUCAGCAUAAAGACUCCACGCUAUCUUGUUGAUCUCCUGCACUGAAUAGCUCUCCACGAGCAGGCGAAGCGCGCCGAGAAUGUACGGGGUAUUUUGCCGUAGCGCCCGAGAGAUGUAUCCAAACGCGACGCCGGGAUCUACCGGUUCGUCGUUGGAUAACGCUCUCCACUGUGAGUUCUGAGAGCGAUAGAGCGGUCUAUAACGCAUUCAGUGGAAUUCAUGGAGGAGACACUGGGGACAUACACUCUACGGAAUAAGCCAUUUUGAGAUCAUAGAGAGACAGACUGCGGCGCACCUUCUGCCCAUCAGCUCAACAAACGGCUGAGUGCCUCCCAAGGAGGCCUCGGUCGCUCUUCGGUCGCUUUUCUUGAAGACACCUAUGCUUACUCCUUUGGAUAUUGCAUUGAGUUCGGUGUAGACAGAUGCUAGAUUCAAUCCGAGUCAGUUGUGGAACUUGGGUCAAGCGCGACGUACCGAUACUAAGUGCCUCUUCUAGACCAAAUCCCAAACGUUGGGCCACCAGGAAGGACCAAGCAGUCAUCAAUGGAGCCCGAUUGACCACAGUGCUCCUUGACUGGAGGGCCUUAUGUGCAAUAAUGAGUCAAGGAAGGGAGGAAGAUUACUAUGCGCACCUGUUCAUCCAAGACUUCAUUGAAUUCGUAUUCUUGAACAGCAGGAGUAUCCACUGACGGCAAGAACUCGUUUGUGACUUCGGAUCUCUUGCGCUUCCUCGCGUUCUAAAGAUGAAGGGCCAGCUUCAGGAUUUGAAAUAGUAUCCGUCACAGCCUUUCGCUUUCGGCUGCUGUAGCCACUCUUCUUUAGAGCAGACAAGACCAUAUUACGCAUUUCUUUAUCGUCGAUCCCGUAGGCGAUCAAUUUGCCAUCAUUCAGCUCGGAAAGCUUGUUAGAGGUAUUGCAAUCCUUGUAGAGUUUCCCGGCGACGACCAUCGCCUUGGCCAUGGGCACGUCAUUGGAAGUAAACACCUGUAGGAAUUUGGGUAACGAUAGCUUGACUUCGCCCAUGGUGAGUUGCA